UCCUGAAUGAAUCACCGUGGAAUGCUGGGAGGUGGAGUAUUUGACAGUGCGCUAAAAGACGGGGGCUGUCGUAUCAAAAAAAAGAAAACGUUCUACCGGUAUGUCUUUUCCUAACCACUCUUCCAUGACCACGAUGGAAAUCGGGAGGGAGAAUGCAUAAGAAUAUAGGAAAAGACAAUUGCGAUGCUAAAUUAAUCCGACUGCACUUGAACUAGGCAACGUGAUAAACUGGGAAAGUAAUGGAGUCGCUCCCUAGUGGAAGAGUGUUAAACACUGGGAGAAAUGAAUGGGAUCCGUUCUUAGAAAAAACAUUUAUGUUGGUCUACAUUGGGAAGGUUGCAGAAUGGCUUUUGCAACGAGGCUUCAAGGAACCACAAUAGGCUACAAUAACUGGCUUUUCUCAAAUGUACUUAAAUCCAUAGCAAUGUAGAUAAAACAUGGCUCUGUUUAUCUCUCACUCUUAAGCAACUGGCCUAGCCUACGCAAAAGAUUCCAAAGCGCAAUAAUGUCAAUAAAAAGGUGGCCUAGUUGUAUUCUUCAUUAUGACGUUACAAUGCCUGAUAUAUGACAGGUGUCAGUGUUCUUUUUUGGACAGUGUUUGUUUGGGAAAUCUCAAACGCAUCAAAGUAGUCAACGUGAGUGGUCUACGUUUUUACUGAUACCGUUUUACUGAUACCGUUUUACUUUAUCAUAGAUUUUUUUGUAAAGUGUUUUGUAAGUGUUGUAAAUCGAGUCCGGACAUAGCCUACUGUAAAAAAAAAACAAAAAAAAAGACUCAAGAUAUAUCGCGGGGUCCAAAGUCAUCAAGAUGGAGAUCUUUGGUGCCUCCGGCAUCCUUAAUUUACUGACAUUUCCUGAAAUUAUGUGUACCAUCGGUUUGUUACUUCUGUUUCCUCUGACACUGACAUUCCUGUGGAAAGCAGAAGUUCGUGCCCUAAGGAGACAAUUCAAAUUGAGAGAAUCUCAGCUAACUGAACAAGUUACCAGUCUGCUUGAGGAGAAGUGUGAUUCCAUGGCAAAGAUAACCGAACAGAACUCAACGAUCCAACAACUCCAGAAACAGAUAAACGUGGGCGCCCAAUCCCAACACGGCCUACAGCAGGACAACGAGGAGCUGCAGAUGAUUGCCAAGUUGUUUCGAGAUGAAAAUGAGAAUAGUAGGGAGAAGGUCAAACUACUUAAAAAGGACAUUUCAGAAAAGGAACAAAGAAUCGUGGAUCUGAAAUUCAUCAUGGCAUCAAUGGGACAAGAUAUGCGGGAGAAGUCGACGAAGAUCUUUGCGCUGGAGAGAGCUCUGGUGGCAGAGAGGACAGAUAUCGUCCGUCUGCGUCAGAGACUGGUAGAAACCACAGACCUGCUGGUGCUUCUCAAGAAUUCCAGUUUGGCACUGUUUCCUCGUUUGUUUGUUGAUCAUCAGAGGUCCCGCAGUCAGAAAUGCAACAACUCAGCCAUAUUCAAAGACAUUCUCCACGAGCUGGCCUCGGAGGAUUUGAGGAUCUCUGCUGAUGUUAGCAUCAGACCAGGCUAAUCUACAAUUCCAGUUGGCACCUCAACCAUGAAUCCUUCCUGCAUGACCACCCGGCUAUGACUCUGACUUACGAUUUAUGAUUUAUGACUCUGGCUUACGAUUUAUGACUUAUGACUCUUGCUUACGAUUUAUGACUUAUGACUCUGGCUAUACGAUUUACAAUUUAUGACUUAAGGUCGACAGAAAAUUAUCUUUCUCACAAAUAAAUGGCAUUUAAUGAAA